AUGACAUCUUCAAACCAAAUCCCAAACCUCAGAACACUGCUCGGAUCCGGCCGUGGAGGCGCCCUUAGAGGGUCAGGGCGCGGACGAGGUGGUCCUAGUAGCUCUAGCGACGAAGUCCGCGACCAUGCAGUCAAAGGAACUGACCAGGAUGCGGCGGGGAGCAGGGUGAGCUGUGUCGAGCUGGGCUACCUGCACGAUCCAUAUGCAAGGCUGUUUGCAACACAGCCGUCCACAAGGCGACUGCCGUUGCUGAAUAGAGGCUCCUACGUUCGCACGUCGGCAAUCGACCUCCUCGUCACCAAGUUCCUCCUCACACAUCCUUCCUCGACGAAGCAGAUUGUGUCGCUCGGUGCUGGCACUGAUACGCGCUUCUUUCGCCUUCUCGACGCCUACCCCGACGCUCGUCUCGUCUACCACGAGAUCGACUUCCCGACCAACACCUCGCCUAAGAUUGCCUGCAUACAGAGACAGCCAGUGCUUCAUCGCAAACUGUUCGAGAUACCCAAAAACUCGACAUCAUACCAUUCCGCGACAUAUAAUAUACACGCUCUCGACCUGCGCGCCUUAGCCGCUCUUUCAGACGAUGCGUCGCUGCCCGAACUACCAAACCUCGACCCUACUAUACCCACCUUGAUACUCUCCGAGAUGUGUCUUGUGUACAUACAACCUCAGACUGUUCAAUCCAUCAUCUCUACCUUCACCACCCGCUACCUCACACCCACCACGCCCGCGUCCCUCAUACUCUACGAACCGAUACUACCCCGAGACGCUUUUGGCAGAACCAUGAUAUCGAACCUCCAGACGCGAAAUAUUCAUCUUCCCACGCUCAUGGCAUAUCCAGAGCUUGGCGACCAGCGUGCGCGAUUGAAUGGGUACGGCUUCAAGAACGGUACGAAGGCGGCAGAUACCGACUUCAUCUGGAAGCACUGGGUGAGCGAUAAAGAGAAGGAGCGCGUUGCAAGCUUGGAGAUGCUGGAUGAACUUGAGGAACUAGAGCUUUUGCUCAGGCAUUACUGCUUCGCCUGGGGCUGGCGAGAUGGGGAGAGCGACGUGUUUUCGAAGGCAUGGGCAGACGUGCAGGAACAAAGUUAGACUGUUCCUGAUUCAAUGAGAAUCGGAAUUCAAAGCAAAAUUAGAUGAUACCCAAAAAUUGGUCACAUUAGAUUGGU